AUGCUUAAAGUCUCUAAUAAAUCUAGAAAGAAUGAAUAAUUGGAAACCAUAUAAGCAAUAGAGAAAUGCACAAGUAUUAGUAAUUGUUGUGUAUUGUAGAAAUAAUGAAAGAAGAUCGUUUAUAAUUAAGAUAAAUGGUAAAAGAUGAAAAUGUCAAAUUAAUUGAAUUAAUAGCCAAACAUAAAAAAAAGAAUGAUCUAAAUGAUUUAUAAUAAGAACUUAGAAAGUUUUUAAAAGAAAAAAAAAUAUCUCCAGAAAAAGUUUAAGGAGCACCUGUAGUUUUAAGAAAAGUUAAAUCAAAAGAGAGAUAUGAAUGGAAUACUUCUAUGAGUUCAAAUCCUUCAAUAAGAUCACCUAGCAGAUCAAAUUUAGAUUUUAAAAAGAAAUAGAAAGAAGAAUCAAAUAAAAAAAUAGAAUCUUAAAAAAAAUUAGAUAAUUAAAAAAUAGAAUAAAAAGAAAAUGAUGAUUUAAAAAUAUUAGAUGAAAUUCAAGAAAUUAAACCAGAAUAAUAAAUUCUUAUUUUUAAUACAGCAAAUUCAGUAGUAGAUCCUUUUCAUGAGGAUUUAACACCUGUUAAAAUGGAAUUUUAAACUAUUGUGUCUUAAACACCAUUGAAUUAAAGUGAUUAAAGAAGUGAAUGCAUAUUAUAAUACAAUGCUGCUGAAAUUUAACAUUAUAUGCAAUAAGAUAAAUAUUAUGUAUCAAAAGAAACAUAUAUUAUACCUUAAUUGAUUAGUUUAAAUUAUAAACAAAUAGCACAUCCUGACUAUUAAAAUUUGUUUACAGAUUGGAAAUCUCUUUUAAAACCUGAAUUACCAAGAUAUCAUUUGAAAGAGUGUUGUUUAUUUGAGGAAUCAUAAAAUUUAGAAUAAUCAAAAUAAAUAAAUUUGAAAACUGAUCAAUCUCAAAUAGUUAAGAGUUUAGAAAUACGUGGAGUUACAGCAGAAGAAUUAUUUACAUAUUUGGUUCAUCAUCGAUUUACUAAAAGAUUGAAUUAAUAUUAAUUAAUAGAGAAUGCUAAAAUAUCUAUUCCAAAUGCAUAAUUAGAUUUAGAGUCAUUGUUCAAGUUAUCAGAUCAUGAUGAAGAUGGAUGGAUAAGUUUGGAAGAAUUGGGUUAGACAUUAUAGGAUACUUGUAUUGAGAAGGAGUAAUAUAUGAAUCCAAUAAAAGAAUUAUAUAAUAGAUUAAGUGGAAAGGUGAAUAUGGAAAAUUUUAUAAAUUUAAUGAAUGAUCGAAUUUAAGGGGAAAUGUAAUAGAUUUUUUAUAUAAAUAUUUUAGACUUUAUCAUGAAAUCGAUUUAUUUAGUAAGGGCUUCAUUACUUAUUGGGAAAUGUAUAAUCAUUAUGAAGAAAUUGAAAAGUUACUUAAAUAAUGA